AUGCCUAGCUUCACCGUUUUCAAGGGCUCCAAGGAGGGCAAGAUUGUCGAAUCUACAACCACCAAGCCCGACCUCACUGACGACCAAGUCCUCAUCAAGGUCACCGCCUCGGGUCUCUGCGGUACGGAUGAGCACUACAAGCAUGCCGACAUGGGUCUCGGCCACGAAGGUGUCGGUGUUGUCGCCGAGAUGGGCCCCAACGUCAAGAACCUCAAGAAGGGCGACCGCGUCGGAUGGGGAUACGUGCACUGGAGCUGCAGCGCCUGCGACAUGUGCCUGUCCGGACGCGACCAGUACUGCGCCAAGGUUCAGCGCUACGGCGAGGCCAACUUCGACCAAGGUAGCUUCGCCAGCCACGCCGUCUGGAACGAGUCGCACAUCUUCCGCAUCCCCGACAACAUUUCCGACGUCGAGGCCGCGCCCCUCAUGUGCGGCGGCGCAACCGUCUGGACCGCCCUCCACUCCUACAACAUCAAGCCCACCGACCGCGUCGGCGUCAUGGGUAUCGGCGGUCUCGGCCACCUGGCCAUCCAGUUCGCAGCCAAGAUGGGCUGCGAGGUCGUCGUCUUCUCCAGCUCUGACAGCAAGAAGGACGAGGCUAUGAAGUUGGGCGCCAGCGAGUUCAUCGUCACCAAGAACAAGAAGGAACUCGACAUCUCCAAGAAGAUCAACGUCCUCGUCGUCACCACCAGCUUCAACCCAGACUGGUCCGUCAUUCUCCCCGUCCUCGAACCCCAAUCCGUAAUCUUCCCCCUCACCGUCGACGCCGGCGACUUCGCCAUCCCGCAAAUCCCCCUCAUCGUCGGCGGCCACACCAUCCAGGGAAGCAUCGUCGCUUCCCGCCCCGUCCACCGCAGCAUGGUCUCCUUCGCCUCCCACCACGGCAUCAAGCCCAUCACCAUGGAGUUCCCCUUGACUGUCGAUGGCAUCACAAAGGCCAUGGACACCCUCCGUGAGGGCAACAUGAAGUACCGCGGUGUCUUAAUUCCUCACCAUCUUCAUCGCCUUCUACCCUCCGUCACCAAAACACCCCCUAACCAUCACUCGAUUCUUUGAAUUUCCAUUGUAAACGUUAUCGCGCGGCCCUACAAUGACGAAGUGCCCAUCUCACCCUAGACGUGUGCUAACAGACGCUACAUACAUGGGUAUAUACAUACCCUUGCUUAACCACCAAUUUCUAACCCGCAAUAUCGAAACCCCAAACAUCUUCAAAAUCAAAUCAAAGGAA